CCGGGGGAGGCGGAGCCGCUGAACGCCCUCCGAGGCGGGCGCAGGGAGGCAUGGCCGCGGCGGAGGCUCCUCGGGUGCUGGUCUACGGCGGCCGGGGCGCGCUGGGCGGCCGAUGCGUGCGAGCCUUCCGGGCCAAGGACUGGUGGGUGGCCAGCAUUGAUUUAGCAGAAAAUGAUGAGGCCAGUGCCAACAUUGUUGUGAAAACGAGCGAUUCUUUUCUUGAACAAGCCGAUCAGGUGACAGAAGAUGUCGGAAAGCUGCUGGGAGACAAGAAGGUUGAUGCUAUCCUUUGCGUCGCAGGCGGAUGGGCUGGGGGCAGUGCUAAAGCCAAAUCUUUGUACAAAAACAGUGACCUGAUGUGGAAGCAGAGCGUUUGGACAUCAACCAUCUCCAGCCACUUGGCUACAAAACACCUGAAGGAAGGGGGCUUGUUGACUCUGACGGGUGCAAAAGCUGCGUUAGCGGGAACUCCAGGAAUGAUUGGCUACGGUAUGGCCAAAGGAGCCGUCCAUCAGUUGUGCCAGAGUCUGGCUGGGGCAAACAGUGGCUUACCACCGGGGUCUGCAGCAGUGGCCAUUCUCCCGGUUACCUUGGAUACCCCGAUGAACAGGAAAUCCAUGCCUGACGCAGACUUCAGCUCCUGGACACCACUGGAUUUUAUUGCAGAAACUUUUCAUGAUUGGGUCACUGGAAAGAACCGGCCGGGCUCAGGCAGUCUUAUCCAGGUGGUAACUACGGGAGGAAAGACGGAGCUUACGGCCACCCAUCUCUGAAAAGGAGGCGGUCUCAGUUCUGCUGACCACAAAAGCAAAGUCAUUGCGAGUCUUAGCAAGUGUAUGUCUGUGUGUAUCGUCUGUGUGGUCUUCACUUCCUGUCAAUUAAAAGAUCGCUCUUGUGGA